CAAACCUUAAAUAACUCUUAUCUGUUCCUCUCAUCAUCCAACAAAGAAGCCAAGCCAGAUAGAAAGAGUUUGAAGAGAGAGAGAGAGAGAGAGCGAGAGAGAGAGAGUCCACUCUAUAUUUUUACUCUUAGAGAGAGAAACAAGAGAAGAGAGCAAAUUCAUCACUUUAAUGUUGUUUAGCAGAAGCAACAUCAAUGGCCAUCACAACAACAACAGGUUCGGAUUCUCAUUCCCAAGCACCAUCAUGGGCAGCAGCAGCCAGCAGUACUAGUUGCAAAGUCUCUCUAGAUGUGGAGUGCGUGAAAUGCGCGUCGUGCGGCUUCACCGAGGACUGCACUCCCGCCUACAUCUCCCGCGUCCGCGACCGCUUCCACGGCCGCUGGAUUUGCGGCCUCUGCGUCGAGGCCGUCAAGGACGAGCUCCUCCGCUCCGACCGCCUCAUCUCCACCGAGGAAGCCCUCAACCGCCACAUCUCCUUCUGCUCCAACUUCAGAUCCUCCUCCCCGCAAACCAACCACGUCCACCCCAUCUCCGCCAUCGGCAGAAUCUUCCGCCGGAGCCUUGACUCCCCCGGCGCCGUCCGAUCGAGUUCCGCCGCCUCUCUUGAUAUCGUCGAAAGGGUCUCUCCUGAGCCCACUCUUAUCCGCUCUGGUAGCUGCUUAUCCUCUAUCUCCAGCUGAAGAACUGAAUAUGAAGUCUGUUUCGUUCUUCUGGGGCCUCAAAUGUCAAAGACAUUUUUCAGGUGGGGCUCUUCUGGAAUAUUUUUAUAGUUUAGAUCCUAAUGUCAAAGUAAUGGGUUCAUACGUGUAACUGACAUGAGAUUGUUGUUCCUCUGUGACUUGCUUACUCCCCAAUGUAUAUAAUAAUUUUUAUAUCAUAUCAAAAGUUCUUGUAGGAUGAUCUUCUUCUUGUCUAAUCCAGUAUGAGUUUUCUGCAGAA